GGUGACGGGCGCUCGCUGCCGGAUCGGGGGCCAUGAAGCCGAGUCCGGCCGGGACGGCGAGGGAGCUGGAGCCGCAGGCGACGGCCCGGGGCGAGCAGCGCGCGGCGGAGCCCGAGGGCCGCUGGCGGGAGAAGGGCGAGGCGGACACGGAGCGGCAGCGCACCCGGGAGCGGCAGGAGGCCACGCUGGCCGGGCUGGCGGAGCUGGAGUACCUGCGCCAGCGCCAGGAGCUGCUGGUCCGGGGCGCCCUGCGCGGCGCCGGGGGUGCGGGGGCCGCCUUGUCCCGCGCCGGGGAGCUGCCGGGGGAGGCGGCGCAGCGCAGCCGCCUGGAGGAGAAGUUCUUGGAGGAGAAUAUCUUGCUGUUGCGAAAGCAAUUGAAUUGUUUGAGGAGAAGAGAUGCUGGUUUGUUGAAUCAGUUGCAAGAACUGGACAAGCAGAUAAGUGACCUGAGACUGGAUGUAGAAAAGACAUCUGAAGAGCACCUGGAGACAGACAGCCGGCCUAGCUCAGGGUUUUAUGAGCUGAGUGAUGGGGCUUCAGGAUCCCUUUCCAAUUCCUCUAACUCGGUGUUCAGUGAAUGUUUAUCCAGUUGUCAUUCCAGCACCUGCUUUUGCAGCCCUUUGGAGGCAACCUUGACUCUCUCAGAUGGUUGCCCCAAAUCUGCAGAUGUGAAUCCCAAGUACCAGUGUGAUCUGGUGUCUAAAAACGGGAAUGAUGUAUAUCGCUAUCCCAGUCCACUUCAUGCCGUGGCCGUGCAGAGCCCAAUGUUUCUCCUUUGUCUGACGGGCAACCCUCUGCGGGAAGAGGAGAGGCUUGGAAACCAUGCCAGUGACGUAUGCGGUGGAUCUGAGCUAGUUACCAUCAAAACAGACAGUUCCUUACCAUCUCCAAGCAGCCUAUGGUCUGCUUCGCAUCCUUCGUCAUGCAAGAAAAUGGAUGGCUACAUUCUGAGCCUGGUCCAGAAAAAAACACACCCUGUAAGGACCAACAAACCAAGAACCAGUGUGAAUGCGGACCCCACGAAAGGGCUUCUGAGGAAUGGGAGCAUUUGUGUCAGGGCCACUGGUGGUGUCUCACAGGGUAGUAACAUGAACCUUAAGAAUUCGAAACAGGCGUGUCCGCCCUCCAGCGGAGUACCCUCUUUGGAGAAUGGGGCAUUCUCCCCACCGAAGCAGUGGUCAAAAGAGUCAAAGUCAGAACAAGCAGAAGGCAAGAGAUUGCCCCCAUCGGAGGGCUGCUUGCCAGUUGCUGCCUCCGAACUUCAAAGUAAGCAUCUGCCAAAAAAUGCCAAGCCGGCCUCCCAAGAACAUGCGCGGUGUCCCACUGCUGGGACAGGGGAGCCCCUCAAAGACAGCACGCAGCUCUCAGCGGCCUCUCCAAAAGAGAGCCCUGGCAGAGGCCCCAUCGCCCCACCAGAGAAUAAAGUGGCCCAGCCUCUGAAAAAGAUGUCACAGAAAAACAGCCUGCAGGGUGUCCCUCCCGCCGCCCCUCCUCCACUGCUCUUCCCGGUGGAAGACAGGCCUGCCUUGGAUUUCAAAAGUGAGGGCUCUUCCUCCCAAAGCCUGGAGGAAGGGCACCUGGUCAGGGCUCAGUUCCUGCCGGGGCAGCAGCCGGGCGCCAGGCCCCACCGGGGCCACAGGAACGGCGGCGGCGUUGCCAAAAGCUCCGCCCUGAAGCAUCGCGGCCAGGCCCUCCAGGGGCUGGAGAACGGCUUGCCCACCGUCAGGGAGAAAACGCGCGCAGGGAGCAAGAAGUGGCGCUUCCCCGAGGACUUGGAUACAAACAGGAAACCCAAGAAGGCCGUCUGCAAGGGCAGGAGGAGCGGGGCCGGGCCCGAGGGGGCCCUUCCGGGCAGGCCUCCGGGUGGGGGCCCGCGGGCCGGAACCAGGGCGCACGGCCACGGACGGGAGGCGGUGGUGGCCAAGCCGAGGCACAAGCGCACCGACUACCGGCGGUGGAAGUCCUCCGCCGAGGUUUCCUACGAAGAGGCUCUGAGGAGGGCCCGGCGGGGGCGGCGGGAGAACGCGGGCUACGCCGCGCCGGUGCCGCCGCCCUACGCCAGCCCCUACGCCUGCGCGGCGAGCGACUCCGAGUACUCCGCCGAGUGCGAGUCCCUCUUCCACUCCACCGUGGUGGACACCAGCGAGGACGAGCGGAGCAACUACACCACCAACUGCUUCGGGGACAGCGAGUCCAGCGUGAGCGAGGGUGAGUUUGUGGGGGAGAGCACGACCACCAGCGACUCUGAAGAAAGCGGGGGCUUAAUCUGGUCCCAGUUCGUCCAGACUCUCCCAAUUCAGACGGUGACGGCCCCGGGUCUUCGCAACAACCCCACGAAAGCCUUUGUCAAAAUUAAAGCUUCCCAUAACCUCAAGAAGAAAAUCCUCCGCUUUCGGUCCGGCUCUUUGAAACUGAUGACUACGGUUUGAGUAACGUCACUGGUGUAGAAAAGUGUCCCCCCCCCCCCACCAUAGUUGCCGAAAUAAAGGCGACAUCUUCAUUUUUGUGUAAUACUUUCAUGGAAUGCUUUUUUUUUUUUUUUAAAGACAAAACCGAGGUAAAUCAUUUGUCCCAUUUUCAUCAUGUAUAGACACUAGUGCCUUUAAUGGAAGGUAAAGAAUGUUUUCUAGUUAGAAGUAAAUAUUGAGGUUUUUAAUGGUGGUGAUAGUGAAUGAGUUUUGCGGUAUUGGCUGUUUCAAGGUACAGGUUUUGAUGUUGAAGUUGUAUUGGGAUGAGACUUUUUGACCCCAGGGUCGGGUGGAUAGAAUUUUAGGGCAUACAUUUACUUCUUGAUUCUUCAGGGCAGUGUCUCCACGAGGGUUUUCCUGUUGAGGGGCAUCACAUACAAUUGUGAGAAGUAGGUACGAGGAGCAGUCAUUGUUUUCUGUGAUUUCUUUAUUUAGUUUUUAUUUCUCAGAUGUACUCCCAUUCUGUCGUCUUCUCAGAACUGGUCUGUUUACUGGACUCAUUACCAGACCCUAAGUCCAGGCAUGACAAUCUGGAUAGGGUGGCUGGUGAUACCUUAGAAGGAUUCAUGAAAAUUUUUGACACACUUGGUGCCUAGGCCCUGGUCACAGCAACCCUUUCUAGGGCCAUUUAUGGAACAUUUUGAUGCCUUCCUCCCACCUCCCCUAAUUUGUGGCCAAUCCAACCAUUCAUUCCUUGCAGGAUUUGCCUUUAGGAUAAAAUUUUGGUCCUCGGGUACAGAGAAGUGCACUCUUAAUGAAAUAACCCUUGGGCAUGAUUCCAAGCCCACAAUUGCUCACUGAGCAGUGUGCCACUGUCUCAUUGGCCUGAAUAUAUUAGUGCAAUCCAGUCCAGAUUGGACCACUGACCCUAUCUGGAAGGGCUUUAUUUUUAAAAAAAAAAUUUUUUUGGUAAACAGUAUUGUGUAAAAUUGCUUUUUUAAUACCAGUAUAUGCAUGUUUUGUGCAUGAGUAGUAUUCGUUUUGAUAUUCCUGUUGAUGUUAAAUUACUGUAUAAUAUAAACAGUAUGUGUUUUUAUAUAUCAUUGUGUAAAUUUAAUAUAACACAUUAUAUGUGGUAAUAAACGAUUUGUUUUAUUGCU